GUGCGCCUGGUGUCACACAUAAUGUCUUCCCCUUCCCCAUUGCGUUACAACCGGUUACAACAUCCCCAUCAAUAUGGCCAGCGUGAUGUGUGCCAGACUUCUCCAGAGAUCAGCACGGGGAUUUAAUUUAUCCACACGGACAACCACUGCUUUUUCAAGUCCCUUCCAGUGUCGGGCCCACCGGCUGGGCCCCGGCGAUGACGAGCUGUACCAGCGCACCACGGUGUCAAUCAUGCAGAAGGAGCCUGGCGCCUCCAUUAUGAUCCACGGCUACAGCACCAGAGGGUUCAACAUAGACGACAACAAGGUGUACGGGCCCUGUGCUCUGCUGCCGCCCGCCAUCCUGCAGUGGAACGUUGGCGGCCACGAAGACAUCUCUGAGGAAAGCGUCUCCCUCUUCCACCUGCUUGAACCAAGGAUAGAGAUGCUGAUACUGGGAACAGGUUCUCGAACGGAAAGAAUCAACCCUAAAGUCCUCGCCUUGCUGAAGAAGAAAGGCAUCGCUGUGGAGGUCCAAGACACGGCAAACGCUUGCGCCACCUUCAACUUCAUGAUGAGCGAGGGUCGGCUGGUGGCCGCGGGUCUGAUCCCGCCGUCCGUCAGCAAAGCUCUGGAAGUACAGGAGGAGUAGCGACCAAAAAUGACGGAUUCAUCACAGAUCUUCUCAGAGGGGUUCAAACCAAUGACCGUCCCUUGCUGUAUCGGAAACCGUUCCGUGACGACCACUUCCAGGGGCCGAGGAAUACAACAUCAUAUUCUGCAUUCAUUAUUACAAACAAGGCUGUCUACAUGUAGUCCUCCUGAAUAUCAGUUGAUGUGUGUAAAUUAAAUUUAAAAUCAUCUGUGACAUCUGAGUUUAGAUGUUACAAUGUUGAUUCUGUAUAGUUGGCUUCUCUUAAGUAAGGACUACAAAUGUGUACAUGAGUAGUUCUGUUUUAUGUGUGGUGCUGUCAUGUGAAACAACCACAUGUGAAUUAAUCUUAUUUGUAAGAGGAUCACUGUGUUUCAGGGAAGUGUGUUCGAAUAUAUUUGAGUAUAUUAUUUACUGUGUAUAUUUAUAAAAUAAGACUGACAACAA